GCUAUCGUACACCGAGUGGGUGUUGUUGCAAUGGUGGUGUCGGUGGGACAUUGAAUGACUUUGGCUCCAUCACGAAAAUAGCUAGUUUAUUCAUUUGAUUUUUAACUGCUAGUAUGGAGGCUCUUAUCCCAGUUAUAAACAAGCUCCAGGAUGUUUUCAACACUGUGGGUGCGGACAUUAUACAGCUGCCGCAGAUAGCAGUAGUGGGGACUCAGAGCAGUGGUAAGAGCUCUGUACUGGAGAGUCUGGUGGGCAGGGACCUACUGCCCCGUGGGACCGGCAUUGUAACCAGGCGACCUCUCAUCCUCCAGCUGGUCCAUGUAGAUCCUGCAGAUGCCAGGAAAAAUGAUGAAAGCGGUAGAGAAGGUGAAGAAUGGGGCAAGUUCCUUCACACCAAAAACAUGAUUUACACAGAUUUCGAUGAGAUCAGACAAGAGAUUGAAAAUGAAACUGAGCGGAUAUCUGGAAAUAAUAAGGGGAUCAGUGAUGAACCCAUUCAUCUGAAGAUAUUUUCUCCUCACGUUGUCAACCUCACUCUAGUGGAUUUGCCAGGAAUCACUAAGGUGCCUGUGGGUGAUCAGCCUAAGGACAUUGAGAUUCAAAUAAGAGAUCUAAUACUGAAGCAUAUCUCCAACCCCAACUGCAUCAUCUUGGCUGUCACUGCAGCAAACACAGACAUGGCCACCUCAGAGGCCCUCAAGGUGGCCCGCGAGGUGGACCCUGAUGGGAGGAGGACGCUGGCUGUAGUGACCAAACUGGACCUGAUGGAUGCUGGCACAGAUGCUAUGGAUGUGUUGAUGGGCAGAGUCAUUCCUGUUAAACUGGGCCUCAUUGGAGUUGUCAACAGGAGCCAGUUGGACAUCAACAAUAAGAAGUCAGUGGCUGAUGCCAUUCGGGAUGAACAUGCAUUUCUGCAGAAGAAAUAUCCAUCUCUCGCCAACAGAAAUGGAACCAAAUACUUGGCCAGAACUCUGAAUAGGUUACUGAUGCAUCACAUCAGAGACUGCCUCCCUGAGCUGAAGACACGGAUCAAUGUUCUGGCAGCUCAGUACCAGUCACUGCUGAGCAGUUACGGAGAACCUGUCGAGGACCAAAGUGCCACCUUGCUCCAGCUCAUCACUAAGUUUGCUACAGAAUACUGCAACACCAUAGAGGGCACAGCCAAAUACAUUGAGACAGCAGAACUGUGUGGUGGAGCCAGAAUUUGUUACAUAUUCCAUGAGACUUUUGGCAGAACAUUGGAGUCUGUAGAUCCUCUGGGAGGACUCAGCACCAUUGAUAUCCUAACAGCCAUAAGGAAUGCAACAGGCCCGCGUCCUUCCCUGUUUGUGCCUGAGGUGUCCUUCGAGCUGUUGGUGAAGAAGCAGGUGAAACGCCUGGAGGAGCCCAGUUUGCGCUGUGUUGAGUUGGUCCACGAGGAGAUGCAAAGGAUCAUUCAGCACUGCAGCAACUACAGCACACAGGAGUUGCAGAGAUUCCCUAAGCUUCAUGAGGCCAUUGUAGAAGUCGUCACCUCCCUCCUGAGGAAGAGACUUCCUAUCACCAAUGAGAUGGUGCAUAACCUAGUUGCCAUUGAGCUUGCCUACAUCAACACCAAGCAUCCAGACUUUGCUGAUGCCUGUGGAGUCAUGAACAAUAACAUAGAGGAGCAAAGGAGAAACAGGAUGAGAGAAUUACCCACUGCAGUCCCCAGGGAUAAGUCUGUUGGCAAAGGUCCGGCUGGCCCAACUGCGGUUUCUGGCGAGCCCCCUGCGUCUGGAGCAGACAUGGACGGUGCCAAGGCUCCAGCAGCAGGGCCCCAGGGUGAGCAAGACGGCACAGGGAACUGGAGGGGGAUGCUGAAGAAGGGGGAGGAAGCCCCCGGCUCUGGACCAGGAAGCCCUCUUAAAGGAGCUGUCAACCUACUUGAUGUGCCUGUGCCGGUCGCCAGGAAGCUGUCAUCACGUGAACAGAGGGACUGUGAGGUCAUCGAACGACUCAUCAAGUCAUACUUCCUAAUAGUUCGCAAGAACAUCCAAGACAGUGUGCCGAAGGCAGUGAUGCACUUCCUGGUCAACCAUGUGAAGGACAGCCUCCAGAGUGAGCUUGUUGGACAGCUGUAUAAAUCCGGCCUCCUCAACGACCUGCUGACUGAAUCAGAGGACAUGGCCCAGCGACGCAAAGAGGCUGCGGACAUGCUACAGGCGUUACAAAAAGCCAGCCAGGUGAUUGCUGAGAUCAGGGAGACUCAUCUGUGGUGAAAAAUCCACAGUGCCUGAUCUUGUUAUCUCCUCAUCAUAUGCCUAAGGUCCGACGCUCCAUGCACUCAUCUUGUCUGAACUUGAAAUUUUGGAAAUGCACUGUAUUGAUCCCUGCACACGUGUAGGUAUCAUUGGCUUGCAGCUACCUGAAAGAAAUGUAUGUUAAUUAAGUUUUUUUAUUUAUAAUGACAAAGUAAAUAUCCUUGGUGUUGUCUAGAAUAUAUGAAAAUGCACUGCCUCAGUAAGUUAGUGUUAAAGGUAAGAUUUAAGAAACUGUAAUUGCCACCCACAGCUCCUGGAGGAAUUGUGAGUGCAGCCAAAGGCAAAGUCCUUCUUUGACAGACUGUGGUUAACCAGAAUGGAAAUGGACUUUUGUGUGAAGUGGAAAUGAAACUUUUGAUGCCGUUUUGGCAGCUUCACAAAGCAUUCUGAAAGCAUUUUGGCUCUAGGUCAUGAAAAAAAAUCCAAAAUAUUAUUCAUCCGCUCAUCUGCAGCCUUUUCAUUUAGGAAUAGCUGUCAACCAUAGAACCUCAGAAGUCCUAGUGUAACGGUACUGCAGGGAUCAGCUCAAAUAAUCUGACAUACAUUCGUAGUUCCUUUAGGCCUGUGUAUAGACCCGUCACUUUAAUUUCUGCACUGUCGUUGCCAUGUUACACUGUAGAGAAACCCCAUUGUCCAGACACUGUAUUGCCAUCAGAAGUUUUAUUUAUUAAUGUGUUUUAAGUGUAUGGAUAAUGUUAUCGGCUCUAUUGCAGUUUGCUGCAGUAGGUCAUUUAAUUAUGUUUACAUAUCACAACCUACAUGUGAAAUGUAUGGUGCACUGUGGUUCUAUGUGUGUUUCCCAAAAGAAAGAAUAAAUAUAGGUAUUUUAUUGCCACCUGA